GCAGGCGACAGUGACGUAGGCGCUGUUCCGUUAUUCGGUGACAAAGAUGGCGGGCGCCGUCUCAUCUGGCGUCACAGUUCCUCGCAGCUUUCGGCUGCUGGAGGAGCUGGAGGAAGGUCAGAAGGGAAGUGGGGAUGGUACAGUGAGCUGGGGCCUUGCAAAUGACGACGACAUGUCACUAACUCACUGGAAUGGCAUGAUCCUCGGCCCGGCCAAGACAGCCUAUGAGGGCAGGAUAUACAGUCUGAAAAUAGAAUGUGGACCCAGGUAUCCCGAGUACCCUCCUGAUGUCCGAUUUGUGACCAAAAUUAACCUGUCUGGUGUACAUAACUCCGGUGUGGUGGAUAUAAAGUCAGUGGCGGCGCUUUCCAAGUGGCAGAACAUGUACAACAUCCGGAUGGUGCUGCAGGAAAUCAGACGGCACAUGACGACAAAAGAGAACAUGAGGCUUCCCCAGCCGCCCGAGGGCCAGCUGUACAGCAACUGAUGCUCCUCCUGCUGCCCUCUGCAAAACGCACACACACACACAAAACGCCAAACACAGUCUUAGCCACUUACAUCACCACAUGUUAGCGAAGACUCAACUCACAACUUCCCUGGGGAAUAUGAUGCUGGACAGAGAAGGAUGCACUGAGUUAUCCUGCAAUUUCACUGUGCAGAUCAGACAUUAGACUACAACGUAUUGUUAAAUUGUAUUUUAUUUUUUAUCUUUGUCUUCUAUAUAAAUGACCUGGUCGCGUGUGCCAGUUCCACAUUCUGGAUUCUUCCACGGUACUGAGCAUUGUUUUUUUAGUAUUUGGAAAAAAAUCACUGCUCUGUAAAGGAACAUUCCUCCUCCAAACACCCUUGAAAAAUGGAUGUUAAAUGUUCGUACCAGUCUGCUUUAUGAACAGCGGGCCUCACUGUGUCACACUAAAUCUCACUCUGGUCGUUCUCCCAGGCUCCAUUAGUCUCUUCAUGCAUUUCCAGCUUUUGCGGUCCCAGUGACGUGAAUAUGACAGGUGUUCCUGUAACGUGACUUUCAGCAAUGUAUGACUCAAAAAGUCACUCCACAUCCCACUCCUGUUCUCAGACGUGUCUUCUGUGUGCCAUGGAGUUUAUAGUGCUUUGUGGUGGUGAUAGUGAUGGAUUAUAAGGGGCAGGGCAGGCUACAGGUCCUUGUGCCGCCUCCUUCAGAGAAUGGUGAGGUUGAAUUGUUAAUGUGUGCUCGGCAGCUCUUUGGAAACACCACUGUAUUAUUUGCAGCAGGAAUCACUGUGUUUUCCUGUUUUUGUUAGUUUUUUGGUUCUUGUUUUAUUUUCUGCUUGGUGUGACCUGUGUGUACUCUGCUGAUUUGUGUCUUCGACAGUGAAUGCCCACUGAACGCAUUGUACAGUGUUGGAUGUCUGUUUUAUAAUGGAGGUGGCUCUACGGGGUGAUGGUGACCUGUUGCAUGUUUUAUUUGAAUUAAACAUUUACUUUUUCA